AUGGGCGCUGAAGAGUCCAAACCUGCGGCGCCACCCGGCGAAGUCAGCGAGAGAAUAAACUCCGUGGAACUGAGCGAGCUUCGGGUCGCAUUCUCCACCCUCGCGCCUGACGGAGCGCUGACGGCCGAGGCGCUCACGUCGGCACUUCCACCCGUGCUGCCGUGGGAGGAGCUUCAUCGCGUGCUGCUUGAGGCGGUAGCGGCGCGCGGCCACCCCGGCGGAGGUCUUGGAUUCGACGCCUUUGUCCUCGGUCUCGCUCUCACGGUGCGCAGUCGGCAGAGCGCGCGGCAGCGCAUGGGCCUCCUUCGCUCCCUGUACGCCGGAGGCGACCGCGAUGGCCCGCUCGGCGCGGACCGCCUCACCGCUCUUCUCAGCGGCGCGAUGCGGGCUUCGGGAGGCGGCGCGGGCGACGACACGGCUCUGGGCGCCGCCGUCGCGGACGCGGCCGAGCUGCCUGCAGCAGAGUGGGAUCGGUGGGCGGCAGACCAGCUGCCGGCGCUGGGCACUGCCUUUGAGACGAGCGUCAUCGAGGCGCUCUGUGCCGUCGGGCGCGCCUUUGUCGACUCCGCGUGGAAGCCCACCGACAAGCUGAGCUGGCUGCACUCCGACACAACCUACGCGCCGCACGAGUCGCGGCGGCUGGCCGAGGGGGCGCGGCGCGUCGCGGCGGUCGAGGCGGGGUCGCUCACGCUCGAGACACGCAAGAAGAUGGCGGGCGGCGACGCGGCGACGCGCUUUGUCCUCUCUGCGGCCGGCGCGCACGACUUCAAGGGCGAGGAGCUCAAGGCGAGUGAGGAGCGGCUGGCGCGCGAGCGAGGGCACGAGUAG